GUGGCCCUGUACUGCGCCUGGUGGCCCCCGCCGGACCAUGGCAUGGGCACCGGGGGAUCUGACAUCCUCGCUCUCCAUCGUCAUAACCUUGGCUGCUUGCCUCUCGGCCACCACCAGCGAAGUGAACUUGCUAGACACGUCAACAAUCCUGGGAGACUGGGGCUGGAUGACUUAUCCCUCACAUGGGUGGGAUUCGAUCAAUGAAAUGGAUGAGUUUUUCAGCCCCAUCCACACCUACCAGGUCUGUAACGUCAUGACCCCCAAUCAGAACAACUGGCUCCGGACCAACUGGGUCCCGCGGGACGGAGCGCGGCGGGUCUAUGCAGAGAUCAAAUUCACGCUGAGGGAUUGUAACAGCAUGCCAGGUGUGCUGGGCACCUGCAAGGAGACCUUCAACCUCUACUACAUGGAGUCUGACCGGGACCUGGGCACCAGCACCCGGGAGAGCCAGUUCCUGAAGAUUGACACAAUCGCAGCAGAUGAGAGCUUUACCAAUGUGGACCUGGGCGUGCGGCGCCUGAAGCUGAACACAGAGGUGCGGGGUGUGGGGCCACUGAGCAAGAGGGGGUUCUACCUGGCCUUCCAGGACAUAGGUGCCUGCAUUGCCAUCGUCUCAGUGCGGGUGUACUACAAGAAGUGCCCGGCUACAGUGAGGAACUUGGCGUCCUUCUCCGAGGCUGUGACUGGGGCAGACUCGUCCUCCUUGGUGGAAGUGCGGGGAGAAUGCGUGGGCCAUUCGGAGGAGAGAGACACCCCCAAAAUGUACUGCAGUGCCGAGGGAGAGUGGUUGGUGCCCAUCGGGAAGUGUGUGUGCAGUGCUGGCUAUGAAGAGCAGCGGGAUUCCUGCAUGGCCUGCCAGCUGGGAUUUUACAAAUCAGCCCCUGGGGACCAGCUGUGUGCCAAAUGUCCCCUGCACAGCCAUUCGGAGAGCCGGGCAGCUCGUGUGUGCCACUGUGACAGCAGCUUCUACCGCGCUGUGCAGGACCCCCCCUCGGCCGCCUGCACACGGCCCCCCUCUGCUCCCGUGAACCUGAUCUCCAGUGUGAACGGCACCUCUGUGACCCUGGAGUGGGGCCCACCCCUGGACAAGGGUGGCCGUGCGGACAUCGUGUACAACGUGCUGUGCCGGCGCUGCGCGGGGGACGCGGGGCCAUGCGAGGCCUGCGGCAGCGGCAUCCGCUUCGUGCCCCAGCAGAUGAGCCUGGUGCAGGGAGCGCUGACUGUCACCAACCUUCUGGCACACACCAACUACUCCUUCUGGGUGGAGGCUGUCAACGGUGUCUCCGACCUCAGCCUGGAGUCCAGGAGAGCCGCGGUCGCCAACAUCACGACAAACCAGGCAGCCCCGUCACAGGUGGUGGUGGUGCAUCAGGAGAGCACAGGCCAGAACAGUGUCACCUUGCUGUGGCAAGAGCCGGACCAGCCCAACGGCAUCAUCCUGGAGUACGAGAUCAAGUACUAUGAGAAGGACAAGGAAAUGCAAAGCUACUCAACUCUGAAAUCCAAGAGCACCACUGCCACCAUCUCUGGGCUCAAGCCUGCAACCCGCUACAUUUUCCAGGUGCGUGCUCGCACCUCUGCCGGCUGCGGGAGGUUCAGUCAGACUGUGGAGGUGGAAACGGGGAAGCCGGUGUCUCUCCGGUAUGACACGAUGACGAUUGUCUGGAUCUGCCUGACACUCAUCACUGGCCUUGUCAUCUUGCUGGUGGUUCUGAUCUGCAAGAAGAGGCACUGUGGGUACAGCAAGGCUUUCCAGGACUCUGAUGAGGAGAAGAUGCAUUAUCAGAAUGGGCAAGUGAAGUUCCCCGAGUCCAAGUUCUAUGUGGACCCCCACACAUACGAGGACCCCUGCCAAGCUGUGCAUGAGUUCACCCGCGAAAUAGAGGCCUCCCGGAUCAAGAUUGAGAAGGUCAUCGGGUCUGGGGAGUCUGGAGAGGUGUGCUACGGCCGCCUGAAGCUGCCAGGGAAGAGGGAGAUUCCCGUGGCCAUCAAAGCACUGAAGGCAGGCUACACCGAGAAGCAGAGGCGGGACUUCCUGAGCGAGGCCAGCAUCAUGGCACAGUUCGACCACCCCAACGUCAUCCACCUGGAGGGGGUGGUCACCAGGAGCAAAUUGGUAAUGAUUGUUACUGAAUACAUGGAGAACGGCUCGCUAGACACCUUCCUCAGGAACCACGAUGGGCAAUUCACCAUCAUCCAGCUGGUGGGGAUGCUGCGGGGUAUUGGGGCAGGCAUGAGGUACCUGUCUGACCUGGGCUACGUGCACCGGGACCUGGCCGCCCGCAACAUCCUGGUCAACAGCAACCUGGUGUGCAAGGUGUCCGACUUCGGCCUCUCCCGCAUCCUGGAGGACGACCCCGAUGCUGCGUACACCACCACGGGGGGGAAGAUCCCGAUCCGAUGGACGGCACCUGAGGCCAUCGCGUACCGCAAGUUCUCCUCGGCCAGCGACGUGUGGAGCUAUGGAAUAGUCAUGUGGGAGGUGCUGGCCUACGGCGAGCGGCCCUACUGGAACAUGACCAACCGGGACGUCAUUAACUCUGUGGAGGAAGGCUACCGCCUGCCUGCCCCCAUGGGCUGCCCCACCACCCUGCACCAGCUCAUGCUGGACUGCUGGCAGAAGGACCGCAGCGAGAGGCCUCGCUUCUCCCAGAUCGUUGGCAUCCUGGACAAGCUGAUCCGCAACCCUGACAAUCUCAAGUGCACAGGCACCAUGAACAGGUUCACCCAGACACACUUGGACAGGGGUCUCCUCGAUCUGACCAGCUGCUUGACUGUGGAGGACUGGCUGGACUCCAUCCGACUGGGGCACUACCGGGACAACUUUGCCAUGGCUGGGUACUCUUCCCUGGGCAUGGUGAUGCGCAUGAACAUCGAGGAUGUUCGGAGUCUGGGCAUCACCAUGAUGGGCCACCAGAAGAAGAUCUUGAGCAGUAUCCAGGCCAUGAGGUCCCAGCUGCUGAACACAAAUGGCCCCAGGAGGCAUCUCUGAUCAAAAGCCCUGCAGAGCUGCAUCAGGCCUUCCUUAACACUUACCCUGGCAAAGGGGCUGCAGGGUGGUGAGCAGGAACAGGGGCAGCAGGAGCUGGAGCCCUGCCAGCAUCUCUGUGAUUUCAGCAUUGGUGGAAACAUGGUGUUCUAGAUACCUUGAUGGUCCUGUUGCUUCCUUCCCGCAGGUGAAGGGGGGAGCAGCCUUCCAAGCAGACACGUCAUGACUCUGCUAUUUCCCUGUGGGACUGGGGAUCUCCCCACAACUAUGCAGGACAGUAGACGACCUCUUCACCCGGUGGGAUGGACCAGCUGCUCCUGCAGGUGGAGGGGUAUCAGACACAUCAGCAAUAACCAGGAGCAGUGGGCUGGGCUUGCCAUGACACACAGCUCCUUUGGAUCAGGCAGCUGGGGAGUUCCUUGGAUCUUUGAACUGAGCAGGGCUCCACAUACUGCACACAGCAGAGACAGCCCCGCUUCCCGUACCUCCCAGUGUACUCCAGCCUGGACCUCCGGAACUGCACCAGCCUGAAGGGGACUUCAUGGUCUACCUCUACCAAGAGCAGGAGGGCAGAGGACAGAAUACACUGUGGCAGUGCUAGGAACAGCUGGCUCUGCCUUCAGACCAUACUUCCCAGCUGGGAGGAGAGUUGUCCAGGGUCUUCAACCUGGAGACUCAAGAAGUCCUGGAGUGCUGCAGGACACUCUCCACCUCUUUAACGCACCAGCACUACUCCUCCACAGAUCCAGCACAGCCCUCCAGGCAGCCCAGACAUAUUUUCUAGGGCCACAAGCUCAGGUUUCUCUGCUAGCAGAAUCGUCCUAGCCUCCCCUAGAACAGAGAGGAAUGGGAGUGUGCUCCCAUGUCACAUGAGGGAGGGACAGAGAAACAACUCUUCUUUGUUCCUAUAUUGUCCUAGAGAAACUCAAGAGAUGUGCCAGCACCUGGCUGCCAGUGCCCAGGGCUGCUGGAUCACCUACAGAGAAGGGGUCCUGACAGUAUUUCCAGCUGCAAUCACAGCAUCCUGUGGCU